AUGUCUAUAACUCUGCACACAACUCUUGGCGACAUCAAGGUGGAAUUGUUCUGCGAUAAGUGCCCCAAGUCCUGCGAGAACUUUUUGGCUCUCUGUGCUUCCGACUACUACAAGGACAACGUUUUCACGAGAAACGUCCGUGGGUUUAUGGUACAAACGGGUGAUCCUUCAAAUACAGGAAAAGGCGGUGAAAGCAUUUGGGGGGCAGCUUUUGAAGACGAGCUUCACUCGGAUUUGAAGCACGACGCUCGAGGCGUCCUGUCUAUGGCCAAUAACGGUCCUAACAAAAAUCGAUCGCAAUUUUUCAUCACUUACGACGCCCAUCCACAUCUUGAUUUGAAGUACACAAUUUUUGGAAAGAUCAAAAAGUUGACGCCAAAUAUCGGCCAGUUGUUGAGCAACGUAUCCGAGAUGUCACGAUUCAUGCGAACCCUAUUGCUGAAAAGCAAUUACUUCACUAGAUCUACCUCUUUUGUUAUAUCGCCUAAAUUUUUCCGUUUGUAUACUUCGUCCACACCUACCUCUUCAGAAAGUUCACUAGAAAAUGAUCAACAAAAGAAAAUUCGACAAAUGCAAGAAUAUUUUAGUCAAUACAUAGAAGAAUACUACGAAGAAGAGGAUUCUUUGCCAGAAGUAAAAGUCGUUUCCGCCAAAGUUUUAGAAGAGCGUAUUAACCUUAGCACACUUGAUGAUGUUUUAACGUUAUUGGAACGAGAGAAGGCUCAAGAUAUCAAGGCUAUCGACCUAACACAAAUUGCCUCUUCGCCUUAUCAGCAUAUGGUUAUUUGUUCUCCGUUUAAUCCUCGUCACGGGAAAGCUCUUACUGAGAAAAUUAGACAAAACAUAAAAGCCACUUCCAAUCUUGAGCCUUCUAUGAACCGUCACCAAAUGGAUGGCUCGAGUAGAUCGGGAUGGUACUGUGUGGAAGUGAGCAGCAUUCAGAUACAUGUGAUGACUCCAAGCGUCCGUGAGCGAUUUGAUUUGGAAAGUCUCUGGGAUGAAAAGCCUAAAGAAAACAGAGAGAAAUCGUGGACUGAUGAUGCCAUUCCACCGCCAAGUUCUACACCCCGUGUU